GUCUGGCAAUUUUUGUAAGGAGGUUGAGUUGGGUAACACGAUGUAUGAAUUGCGUGGUAGUUCAUUGGCUGCUUUAUUGACCCUUUUGUAUGUUGACCAAUUAUUAUUCUCCUUUGACGAUAGUAGCAAAAUGGUUGCCAAUUGGAGUUCGAUUCGUCAAAUAACUCGCAAUUUAAUUGGUCAUUCAUGUGUCGGUAUUACUUUGUUUUACGUGUGUUCAAGCCUUAUCGACAAAAUGUAUUUCUGAGUGACAUAAUUACCGACCAUUUAGCGUCUCGCCGGCUUUGCGGUCGUUGGACGAUUUUAUUGUUGUAGGCGGGUCUUGAGAAACUAGUGUUGUUUUGUGAGGAGAUGAAAAUGGCGGCGGAUGGCUGACCGCCGUCUAUCGGAUAUUAUACAUAAAACUGCGAUUUAAACCAGCGUUCUCUGUCGAUUUUAACAGAACGUCAUGUCAUUUAAUAUGACCAGGUUUAAAGGAUUUUCUAAACUCUUUGGUUGAUUGAAGUUUUCCAAAAGACAAAGCGGAAAGUUCCUUUGGAAAUAGAUUGCUCGCUGCCUGUUGUUGCAUUUUAAAAUUAGACGUUCGUUUUAGUUUAGCGAACAGUUUGUUCAGCAUAAUAAGAGAAUGUGUUUGAACUACAUGCCGCAAAUAACCCAGGACUGGUAACCCCCCCCACCCCCUAAAACUAGCCAGACAAGUGUCUAAAUUGUAUCAUCAGGAAGCUACACUCUAUAGCUAACGUUAGCUAUAACACGAUAACCCUUACAUAAUGAACCACACUACAAUCCCAAAUGCAAUAUUGGCGCUAUCAACAAACGAAAGCUUGCUAGUUAAUCCCAUUCUCUCGGUAUUUUUUUUUUUUGGUGAUCGACAACAAUGCUUCCUUUUGGUGGGGGAUAGCUAGCCAAAUAUGCUAGCCUCUUUACUUUAGUAUUUCACUAGCUAUGUCCUAGUGSUAAUUAUCUACCUUUAGCUGUAAAUAACAUAACGUUGUAAUGUGUAAACGCUCGUGCUUUAUUUAUACGGUGGUUUUAAUCAAAUCAAAAUGUAUUAACAUGGCUACGUUSCUGACUGUAUUUUAAAUUUAGUUUGUCAGAUUUGAAAGGCUUUUUUUUACCCGCAAGUGACAGUGGACAUAAAUAUUACACUACUAGAAAUAAAUAGAUAAGUUAAGCUACAUUUCCAAUCACGAGCUAGUUGUAGUGUUCAGCAGCUUGACAGCGCAAUCAGGUACCCACGUGUAUCGGCGAACCGCCUACCAAAUAAGCAGUCCACUGUCUCAAGUGACAGUCAUAAAACAUGGAAYAUAAGCGUCGACCAAGAUUCAGCAAGCGGCUGCGGUCGGGCACGCGGCGGCGCUACCAUGACGAUGGUAUCUCGGACGACGAGAUCGAGGGGAAGAGGACCUUUGACCUGGAGGAGAAGCUGACGAGCGAGAGGUUCACCUCAGACAGGGUCAAACGCAUGGAGGGGAAAGACCUCACGUUUGAGUACAUCCAAAGAGGUGGGUUGAGGGACCCGAUCAUCUUUGAGAAGCCAGACGGACUGGGCAUCAAGAUGCCAGAUCCAGACUUCAGUGUGAACGACGUCAAGAUAUUUGUCGGCAGCAGGCGUAUGAUGGAUGUGAUGGAUGUCAGUACUCAGAAGGGUAUAGAGAUGUCUAUGGCCCAGUGGAGACGUUACUACGAGACGCCCCCCUCCCAGAGGGACAAACUCUACAACGUCAUCAGCCUGGAGUUUAGCCACACCAAGCUGGAGAACCUGGUCCAGAGGCCUGCAUCGGUGGACAUCAUAGACUGGGUGGACAACAUGUGGCCUCGGCACCUGAAGGAGAGACAGAGAGACUCCACCAACUCCAUCACAGACAUGCAGUACCCCAAAGUGCAGCAGUACUGUCUAAUGAGUGUGCAGGGCUGCUACACGGACUUCCACAUAGACUUUGGAGGUUCCUCGGUGUGGUACCACAUACUGCGUGGAGGCAAGGUGUUCUGGCUGAUCCCGCCCACGCCUCAGAACCUGGAGCUGUAUGAGGACUGGGUGUUGUCAGGGAAACAGGGAGACAUCUUCCUGGGAGACAAGGCCCAGGACUGUCAGAGGAUAGACUGUUUGAUCCAUGCGGUCCUAACACUCCAGUGGACACCCUGGUGUUUGGGAAACUUCCUCCACAGCUUCAACAUCCCCAUGCAACUCAACAUCUACAGCACUCGAGGAACAGGACACGGUCUUACCAGAGACCCCUCCACCUGUGAGUCGGUCAACGGGCACACCCAGGAGGAGGAUGAAGAGGGUGCUCCCCCGACCCAGGGCUCUAAGCCUGGGGUGAAGGUUCACCUCACGCCCUUUGAGCUGGAGGGGCUGUGGAACCUGCUGGGGAAGCUAGAGUCUCUGCCCUCACAGAAGAACUGUGUCCCGGCGGGCAUACACGAUGCUCCCGCUCUGCUGCACGACAUCAGGGCCCUGCUGAAGGAGCAUGCUAAUGACAUCCCCAAACUGUCCUACACUGGCAAGCCCAUCGUCAAGUGGCCCAAGAGGCCGUCGUGGUACCAGCCCCCUCCCCCUCCUCCCCCGGUGGCUCGUCCCAAGCUGUCUGCCACGGUGGUGCCCCCGCGACCCCAGAAGCCCGCUUCCUCCAUGUCCGUGCUGCGGCGGCGGCGUGUGCGGUGUAAGCGCUGCGAGGCGUGCGUCAGGACGGAGUGCGGGGACUGUAACUUCUGCAGGGACAUGAAGAAGUUCGGAGGGCCGGGGAAACUCAAACAGACCUGCGUGCUCCGACAGUGUCUGGCGCCGGGUCUGCCCCUGUCAGUGGUGUGUGAGAUCUGUGCAGAGGGGAACCAGGAGGGAGGAGAGGGGCCAGUCUUCGCCCUCACCCUCAUGGAGUGUUCCAACUGUGCCCAGAUAGCCCACCCCGCCUGCCUGAAGGUAACAGGGGAUGGUGUGGUGAAUACAGAUCUGCCCAGCUGCUGGGAGUGUCCCAAAUGUGUUCUGGGAAUCACCGACACUGAGUCUUCGGGCACCGAUGAUGAUGACAGUGGGGCGUCCGUUGGCCUCGGCGCUGGCGUGAGCUCCCUCUCCGCCACCCAGGGGCCUCUAGGGGUCUCCAUGGAGCCAGGCUCUGCUCCUGGGUUGGGGGAUGAGGGCUGGGGCAGGGCGAUACUGCUAUACCCAGGGCUGGUUCCCAACCCCCCCUCCUGGUUCUCCGAGGCGCCCCUUCCCUCCCCUGGGCAGCUACUACUAGAGCAGCACGGCCUCAAGCGGGCGGGGAGAUGGGCAAGCGGGCGCAGGAAGAGGGUGAAGGGGGACAAGAAUAAAAUGUUACACGCGAAACGCAAGUCUUCUUCGUAUCUCGACGGUCGCAUCGCCAAGAUCUACCGUCGCCACAGCCGAGACGACGACGACUCGGGCAGUGAUGAUGAUGAUGAUGAUGAAGGCUCCAGGGGCGGAGGAGGAGGCGCGGCGCAGAAGAUGUCCGGGCCACGCCCUCGCGGCAGUGGCUCCGCCUCUCGGAGAGGUUACGGGACUGGGAGGCGGGGCAUUUGGAGAGGCUCCUCCCACAGAGGGGCAGGCCGCGGAAGCGGGCUGGCCCCUCACUCCUCCCUGAAGAUGAGGCGCGGCAGAGGAGGGCUGGGGGCGGGCCGAGGGGAUAGAGAGGGGGGGCGUAGGGAGAGGGGAGGGAGAGUGCGCCUCCGGGGAGGCACCAGGAUGCAGAGACGCAGGGACGAGUCAGAGGAGGAUGACGACGACGAUGAUGACGACGACGAGGAAGAUGACGACAGCGAGGAAGAUCGGCAGCAUCACCACCGGCAACGCCGCAGGCGGAGGAGAACGGACGACGAUGAGGAAGACGACGAUGAGGAAGACAGCUCGGCCCGGGACCUGGAGGGGGAGGAUGAGGACGUGGAGGAUGAGGAAGACGACGAGAACCGGUCAGACUCUGAACCAGAGCCUCCCGUCCUCCUGGUGUCUGACCUUAACGACGACCUCCUAAACGGCUCGUACCUGACAGUGACCCUACAGCGCCCCCCCAGGGCCAAACGCCACCCCGGCUCCAUCGUGCCCAAGCUGGAGGCCGCCAUGUCUCCCAGAACCCACGGCGGCGGUCCAGGUUARGUCCAGCAUAAAACCCUCGGGAAGACGCGGCACAAAAACGGCACGGUCGCCACCGGCAACGGCCUGGCCCAGCCCGCCAAGAAUCCAGUCGGCCGGCCGCCUCGUCAUCGUAUCAACAAUCCCCACGGCGACACAGCAGACAGGGAAAGAGAGAGGGACACUGGUCUGAAGGAGUUGAUGAUWGCAGGUUGCUCCUGGUCGUCCAUGUCAGCCCUGUCCACCCCCAGCCUGCCGUGCCUCCGUACCCUGGACCUGCGCUGGGCAGAGGGGGUCAAAGACACCCAGAUCAGGGACCUGGUCACACCACCAGGUUGUGACAGUCGGUCUCGGCUGCGUGGCUGUGUGGCGCUGCGUCUAGCCGGCCUGGACAUCAGUGACUCCACCCUGAGGCUGAUUCUCCGUCACAUGCCCCUGCUAGAGAGGCUGGACCUGGCCCACUGCAGGGACCUCACGGAUCAGUCCGUCUGCCUGCUCACCGCCGCCGGCACACGCAACACGCUCACGGAGAUCAACCUCGCAGGCUGUAACAAGCUGACGGACGGCUGUCUGGCGUACCUGAAGAGGGCGUCUGGCCUGGCYCUGCUAGACCUGCGGGGCUGCAAAGGUGUGACGCGGCAGGGCUGUGAGGGCUUCAUCUCGGACCUCUCUCACUGCGUCCUGUUCUGUAUGACGGAGGAGAAACUCAUCCAGAGGAUAUCGUAAAACUGACCCUGUUCUUACCCCUACGCAAGGGGCACGUAGAGACCCCAUACCAGCCAGCAGGGGAGAGAGGGAGCAGCCAACACCCCUCCCCCAAAAAGGAGAGCAAGCGCUCCAAAAAAAGAGGCGAGAACAAAAAAAAAAGUGAAAAGACGUUCCCACUCCUCACUUGGGAUGAUAGAAGACAUGAGAGAGGAGGAGGAUGUGUCAGGAGAGGGGAGAAUGUGCUGUUGCAGCAUCUUGUGUUAUUAGGAGGUUAGGAAUCAUAUGAAUAGCACAGACUUAUGUUAAUGUGUUCACGCUACAGGGCUGAAAAUGGAACCCUGGGCCUCCCGCAGUGUCUAAGCACUGCAUCGCAGUGCUACCUGUGCCACUAGAGAAUCCGGGUUCAAGUCCAGUCGCACCGGACGUGACCGGGAGACCCAUGAGGCGCGCGAAAUUGCCCAGCGUCGUCCAGUUAGGGAGGGUUUGGCCCG